CGUAGUCUUGGAGCAUUUACAAUAGGGUUCUUAUUGCCUUCCUUUUUGGCGUCGCCAAAUCGAGACGGGUAGGUCUUGAAAGCGAUAGCUCCUGAUCAAAUGCCUAAGCUGAUUGAUUGAAAUCCCUUGGAAUUUGGUGGAUUUCGUUGAUCUGAACGCGACGAAAUAAGUACAAUGGUAUCUAUGAAGGACACAGCGAGACUGGUGAAUGGGUUAUCUCUGGUGGCUAAAGAAGCUAUCAACCGCUCGCAGGUUUAUAAUUUUGAAACCCUAAAAAAGGCCGUCGUACAAUCCGCCGCAGACGUCACCGGACUCACGAAGGGAAAGCUCCGUAGUCUUGACGAAAAGACACCAAAGUUCGACAGUGUCCGUGAUGUUCAUAAAGAUACUGUAAACGUCGUCUACUUUACGGACGAGUCGCGCGAUGGCAUUUCCGCGUCGACGUUUGAGGCCCCGAAGACGGGCGAUGUGGAUGAGAUGGUACGAACUCAAAUCGACAAUCCUUCCAAUGCAAUUGUUUCCAUGGCGGUAAGUCCUCAAAGCGGCGCCUCCUUGACCUCAAGUGAUUUGGUGGUUGAUGAGGCAACUCCCGCGAAGAUAAGGAAGCCCAGGGAUAGGAGAGUUCCUUCUACUCCUUUCUCACGGGCUAUAGGAUUUGCUGGGCUUGGAGUGGGUCUUGCAUGGGGUACACUUCAGGAGUCUGCAAAGAGGAUCAUGUUUGGUACUCCUAACUUAGAAAAUGACAAUGCUGACCUUUCCCCAUUUCUGUCCGAGAGAAAUGCAGAACGUUUAGCUCUUGCAUUGUGCAGAAUGCGUGGAGCAGCUCUCAAAUUAGGCCAAAUGUUGAGCAUCCAGGAUGAAUCUUUUGUGCCUGCUCCUAUUUUGGCUGCAUUGGAAAUUGUCCGCCAGGGUGCUGAUAGGAUGCCUAGGAAACAGCUGAAUCAGGUUUUGAAUGCUGAGUUGGGUUCCAACUGGUCUUCUAAGUUGACGAGUUUUGACUACGAGCCAAUGGCUGCAGCUAGUAUAGGACAGGUUCACCGGGCUGUCACAAAGGAAGGCUUGGAUGUUGCCAUUAAAAUUCAAUAUCCUGGAGUUGCAGAUAGCAUUGAAAGCGACAUUGAGAAUGUUAAGUUGCUAUUGACUUAUACAAGUCUUAUACCAGAAAAGCUAUAUCUUGACAAUGCAAUGAAGGUUGCCAAAAAAGAACUUUCUCGUGAAUGUGACUAUGAGUUGGAGGCCCUUAGUCAGAAAAAAUUCCGUAGUCUGCUGGGUAAUGAAAAAGGAUUUUAUGUGCCAUUCGUUGUGGAUGAGUUAUCAAGCAGAAGAGUACUGACAACAGAACUAGUUCCUGGCAGUCCAGUUGAUAAGGUGGCAUUAAUGGACCAAGAGACACGCAACUAUGUUGGGAGGAAGUUACUUGAGCUUACUUUGAUGGAAUUGUUUGUCUUCCGAUUUAUGCAGACUGAUCCAAACUGGAGUAACUUCCUAUAUGAUGAGGCAGAAAAAACCAUCAAUCUUAUAGACUUUGGAGCAGCUAGGGACUACCCAAAACAUUUUGUGGAUGAUUAUUUAAGGAUGGUUCUUGCUUGUGCAAAUAAAGACCAAGAAGCACUGAUCGAGAUGUCAAGGAAGCUUGGAUUCCUAACUGGAAUGGAAUCUGAAAUUAUGCUAGAGGCUCAUGUACAAGCAGGUUUUGUUGUAGGGUUGCCAUUUUCUAGGCAUGGGGGCUAUGAUUUUGGAUCAACCAAUAUUACUCAGAGCAUUUCAAACCUUGGUGCCACCAUGCUAAGGCACAGGCUGACACCUCCUCCGGAAGAGGUAUACAGCUUACACAGGAAGCUGUCUGGUGCUUUCCUUGCUUGCAUCAAGAUUGAGGCUGUUGUUCCAUGUCGGGAGCUUCUGCUUCAAGUUUAUGAAAAUUAUGACUUUAGUGAAGAUGGGGAUCAAAACUUGUCGGGGAAAAUCAAUUUGUUGAGGUGAUUAAAUAUUAUUCAUUUUAUGUAUUUAUGAAACAGUUUUUAGA